CAGCCGACGCUUUUCCUUGUUUCACCGUCUCGACCAACGCCACGUCAUGUCAUUCUGGGCCGUUAGUCGGGGUCUUUCCCCACCGGGAGCAACCUCAAAAGUGGCACCCAUGCUCAAUCCCAAUCAGAGACAAUUUCUCGAGGAUGAGAUGCGCUUACGUGAGAAAAUGAAAUUGAUGGCUCGCGGCGAUACGAACGCCAUGGAUGAUAUGUAUUUACGUAAACCGGAAACAGUGGACGAUCCACUUGAGUUGGACAAACACGAUUCGUUCUAUCAGACAACAAAAAGUCUAUUAGUUUUAUUUCAAAUAAUGGGUGUCAUGCCCAUUCAUCGUAAUCCGCCAGUGAAAAAUUUACCCCGUACCGGUUACUCAUGGACAUCGCGCCAAGUGAUGUGGGCAAUAUUCAUCUACAGUUGCCAGACAACAAUUGUGGUAUUGGUGCUUAGAGAACGGGUUAAGAAGUUCGUCACUAGCCCGGACAAAAGAUUCGAUGAGGCCAUCUACAAUGUGAUAUUCAUUUCAUUGCUGUUCACCAAUUUCUUGCUGCCUGUGGCCAGUUGGCGUCAUGGUCCCCAAGUGGCCAUAUUUAAGAACAUGUGGACCAACUAUCAAUACAAAUUCUUCAAGACCACUGGCUCACCGAUUGUGUUUCCCAAUCUCUAUCCUCUAACAUGGGCUCUCUGCGUUUUCUCCUGGUUAUUGAGUAUCGGAAUAAACUUGUCUCAGUACUUUCUUCAACCAGACUUUCGUCUGUGGUACACAUUUGCCUAUUAUCCCAUUAUAGCAAUGCUGAAUUGCUUUUGCAGUUUGUGGUACAUCAAUUGCAAUGCAUUUGGCACGGCCAGUCAUGCCCUCUCCGAUGCCCUGCAAGCGACCAUUCGCGGAGAGAAACCAGCCCAAAAAUUAACAGAAUAUCGCCACCUUUGGGUGGAUCUCAGCCAUAUGAUGCAACAGCUGGGACGAGCCUAUUCGAAUAUGUACGGCAUGUAUUGCCUUGUGAUAUUCUUCACCACCAUUAUAGCCACUUACGGCAGUAUCAGUGAAAUUAUUGAUCAUGGAGCCACCUACAAAGAAGUGGGACUCUUUGUCAUCGUCUUCUAUUGCAUGGGCUUGCUCUACAUCAUUUGCAAUGAGGCCCACUAUGCCUCGAGAAAAGUCGGCCUGGACUUUCAAACCAAGUUGCUAAAUAUCAAUCUAACCGCUGUCGAUGCGGCCACACAAAAAGAAGUUGAAAUGCUUUUAGUUGCCAUUAACAAGAAUCCACCAAUAAUGAAUUUGGACGGCUAUGCCAAUAUAAAUCGGGAACUUAUCACCACCAAUAUAUCGUUUAUGGCCACAUAUCUAGUGGUUUUACUUCAGUUCAAAAUCACGGAACAACGUCGCUCUCAAAACACAUCGACGACUAUCACAUAGACCCAACAUAAAUGGGGACU